CCCGCGGCGCUUGGGCUACUGCUUCUGUGCGCCGCGGCGGCCGGUGCCGGCAACGUAGAGGAGCUGCACUACCCGCAGGGCGAGCACCGCACCGACUACGACCGCGAGGCGCUGCUGGGCGGCCAGGAUGAAGUCGAUGAAUAUGUUAAACUCAACCCCGAAGAGCAGCACAAAAGACUGAAGUCAAUCAUAAAGAAGAUUGACUUGGACUCAGAUGGCUUUCUCACCGAAAGUAAGAACGGUCUUACACAACUAACAGUGGAGAAAUCUCUUUGUCGGAAACAGAAACGCAAACAUUUUAAACAAGGGUGUCUGUUGAACGAAUUUGUUAUUCAAGAGGCUUUAGAAGAACAUGACAAAAACGGUGAUGGAUUUGUUAGUUUGGAAGAAUUUCUUGGUGAUUACAGGCGGGAUCCAACUGCAACUGAAGAUCCAGAAUGGAUACUUGUUGAGAAAGAUAGAUUCGUGAAUGAUUAUGACAAAGAUAACGAUGGUAGGCUUGAUCCCCAAGAGCUGUUAUCUUGGGUAGUGCCCAAUAAUGAGGGCAUUGCACAAGAGGAGGCGCUUCAUCUAAUUGAUGAAAUGGAUUUGAAUGGCGACAGAAAGCUCUCUGAAGCAGAGAUUCUGGAAAAUCAGGACUUGUUUCUUACCAGUGAAGCCACAGAUUAUGGCAGACAGCUCCAUGAUGAAUAUUUCUAUCAUGACGAGCUUUAAUCCCUGAGUAUGUUUGAGGAGAGUACUGACUCCUUUUAUAAUUUGUUACCAGCUUUACUUUUGUGAUAAAAUAUUGAUGUUAUAUUUUACACACUAAGUCUUAACCACAGUUGAAAUUAUCUUAAUGUAAAUUAUAAUUUUGGCCUUUUAGAAGAGAAACAAAACAAAAACCUGGUAUUUAUUUCAAAACGUAUUUGAAGAUAUAAAGCGUUAAUGUUGUGCCAUAUGACAAUGAAGUCUUUCCUAAAUACUCCAUCUGUUUAGUACUGUAUUGUGGAAUAUUUGAGUUGUAUUUCCAUACUUGAAAAAAAUGGAGAGUUUUAGAGAUGCCUGAACAAUAUUACUUAAAGUAGUAUGUGACUAAGCUAUCAAUUUUUGUUUUGUUUUAAGUACAUUUAAUUUGGGAAUGGACAGAAAGGACAGUGUUUUUAGAUUUAGCAUUUUGUUUUAAAACCUUUAAAGGAACCUUUAGAAGGACUUAUACUUCACAUAUUAAUGUUGAGAAGUUCUGCUUAAUCUUAAAAUGGUUUCUGUAAAGGAUUUUAUUGUAUGAAAUAGAACUUUAUAUUUUUGCAUAUGUAUAGAUAGUAAUUAUAUUUAAUGUAUAACAAUAGCAUUAUGGUGUGUGGAAUUUGACAUUGUCCAGAACUGUUUUCAUUUUUGACUGAUUAAAUUGAAAUGUCCUAUCUUUUUAUAUAUUUGUUUGCUUUUCCUAGUCUUCCAGAUAAACCUUGAAUUUAGUA